AGUCGUGCGCGCUAACGCUCGUUUUCCUCGCUUUUCCGCUCGACAAUUUUCCACCGCGGCCACAACAAUUACAGGCGACAAAAGCGUGCAAACACUUUUUUUUGCUUUCAAACGUUUUACUGCAAUCGCCUUCUCUGUGUGCGAGACGGUGGACUUUUUGCGGCUUUGGUUUUUCCGUUCGCGUGUGUUUUCUUUCGGUGUUUUGUGUUUUCCGCUGCGAAUACGGGACCCAAAGGAAAGCCACGAUAAACACAAAGGGAAAUUGGGAAACCGCGGCGCCGCAACUUUUGCCAAAUUGAUUUUUAUUGUGUGAGACGCCGAGUUCAAGCAUUAUAUAAAGAAUCUAGCAAGGAAAAGGUGGACCUCGCUAAUUGCCGUUGGAAAAAGGUGAACAAUGCGCAGUGCAAACGGGAUGUAAAGGAUAAGCGAAACGCAAACGACAAGCGAGUGAACAUCGGAGAGGGGACGAGGACACGGGGCUCCACUUUUCCAAGAGGCCGUUUCCCAGGGAGGCAAGGUGAAUCUGUUCCAGCAUACGAUGUCAUCGAUCUCGGCGCAGGGCGUGGUCGAGCGAGCCUCCGCCGAGUUGUCCAAGCGGAUCAAUGGGCUGGGCCUGCGCUCGAAGCAUCACCACAGUUCCUCCAGCGGCGGUGGAGGAGGAGGAGGAGGUGGCGGGGGAGGAGGAAGUGGUGGUGACUCCGCCUCCACAAGCGGGGCCACGCCCACUCCAGCGGCACCCAGCGGCAAGACAUCGGUGAUGGAGCGCGUGACGAAUGCCCUCUGCGGCGGAGGCAACUCCAACUCCAAUUCCAACUCCAAUUCCAAUUCCAACUCAGGAUCCAAUAGCAACUCCUCCACGCCGGCUGCUGCAGCGGCCGUUCCCUCGCCCGCCAGCAAUGCCAAUCCUCCCCAGACGCCGGACAAGCCGUCGCGGGGCAGUAGCCCCAGUCCCGGCGGAGCCAUCACCCAGUCGUCGCAGGUCCAGAACUCCACACACCACCUCCUGCAGCAGCAGCAACAGCAGCAGCAACAGCAACAGCAGCAGCAACAUCUGCAGCUGCAACAGUCACAGCAGCAACAUCUGCAGCUGCAGGCCUCCACGCUGAUCAACUCCAACCACCAUGUGCUGGUGGGUCCGGCCCCGCCCACUGGGAUGCCCAUGCCGCUGGGCGCCCCGCCCACGCCCACAGUGAAGUCCAUUGCCAAGCAGAUGAACAUAACCAUACCGGGUGGCGGGGCAGUGAACCCGGGCUCGCCCACCUUCAGCACCAUGGGCAUGGUGGCCGCCCAAAAGGCGGCGGCCAGUGGCGGCGGCACGCCCCUGCAGCUGCGCAAACAACUGCCCAAUCCGCACCUGCACCCGCACCUGUACGGCAACAUGUCGCCGCUGAUCAUGCAGCACCAGCUGGUGCAGCACCCGCCGCCCAUCCACAGCAUCGAGCAGCUGCUGCUGGACGAUCGCUUUCUGAGCCGCUUCUUCCAGUACUUCUCGCCGUACGAGCGCCGCGUGCUGGCCCAGGUGUGCGUCAAGUGGCGGGACACACUGUACCGCAGUCCGCGCUACUGGAGCGGCCUGCUGCCCACGCUGCAGUGCCGCGAGCUGCGCCAAAUGGCCGGCUGCGACCGCGGCAAGCUCUACAACUCGCUCAUCCGUCGGGGCUUCCACGCCCUCGGCCUCGUCGGCGCCUCCGACGAGGACGCCCUCGACGUGGUCCACUCCUUCCCGCUCGCCUCCAAGCACGUCCACUCGCUCAGCCUGCGCUGCUCCUCCAUCAGCGACCGGGGGCUGGAGACCCUGCUCGACCACCUGCAGAGUCUGUUUGAACUGGAGCUGGCUGGCUGCAACGAGGUGACCGAGGCGGGUCUGUGGGCGUGUCUAACGCCCCGAAUUGUGUCCUUGUCGCUGGCGGACUGCAUCAACAUCGCGGACGAGGCGGUGGGGGCGGUGGCCCAGCUGCUCCCCUCCCUCUACGAGUUCUCGCUGCAGGCUUACCACGUCACGGAUGCGGCACUCGGCUACUUCUCGCCCAAACAGAGCCACAGCCUCAGCAUCCUGCGACUGCAGUCGUGCUGGGAACUAACCAACCAUGGCAUCGUUAAUAUCGUGCACUCCCUGCCCCAUCUCACGGUGCUGAGCCUCUCCGGCUGCAGCAAGCUGACGGACGACGGCGUGGAGCUGAUUGCCGAGAACCUGCAGAAGCUGCGCGCCCUGGACCUGUCCUGGUGUCCCCGCAUCACGGACGCCUCGCUCGAGUAUAUCGCCUGUGAUCUGAACCAGCUGGAGGAGCUGACACUGGAUAGAUGCGUGCACAUAACGGACAUUGGUGUGGGCUACAUCUCCACGAUGCUCUCGCUGACCGCCCUCUUCCUGCGCUGGUGCUCCCAGGUGAGGGACUUCGGGCUGCAGCACCUGUGCUCCAUGCGGAACCUGCAGGUGCUGUCCCUGGCCGGCUGUCCGCUGCUGACCUCCUCGGGCCUGUCCAGCCUGAUCCAACUGCGGCACCUGCAGGAGCUGGAGCUGACCAACUGCCCGGGGGCGUCGCACGAGCUGUUCGACUACCUGAAGGAGCACCUGCCCCGCUGCCUGAUCAUCGAAUAAUCGAUCAUUGAUCAUUGAUUGGAUUGAUGGACGGACGAUCCCGGAGCACUCACUGAUUUUGGUUUGGGUAUUCGAGUAUGCUAAUUUGGUACACUUAACCUCCAGUCGGCAAGUUCCUCGCGUGCUAUGUGACUUUAACUUUCCGUCAACACUGUACUCUAUCCCUUAUAGUUUUAGACUUUUUAUGAUUUCUGCUGUGAUUUGAUACGGAACUUAGUUAAGUUGAUCUGUUUAAGACGAUGAUGUACCACAAAAGACCCGAAAGAUGAUAUUUAUUUACAUGCAAUACAAGAUAUGUCUAAUAUACAUAUACAUAAAUAUAUAUUUAUAUUUAUAAAUAUACAUUAUUUAUAUUAUUGUAGUUUUUAACGAACCUUUUAUUUACUACUUCGCUGUAACCAAACAUACAGUCUACGUGUAAAUUACUAAAAAAGAGACAAACUCAAAACAAAAUUAAAACAAAACAUUGCGCCCAAAAGACGAACAAACAACAAAUAGAAAUUACAAAAAAAAAAAAAAACGAAAUACAAAGUGAAUCAAAAUAUGCAAUUAAAUUACAUUAGUUCAAAGAAGUAAAACCGCAGAAGAGGAUAAUUCGAAAAUAUUUACGAGUGUAGCGAAAACAGGCCAAAGUUGCCGGCAGCUUUAGAUUGAAAUUGCAAUUGAAAUUUACAAAUCCUAGACUUUUGCAUCCCCUGACCAGUGAAACCUUACUUCGAUUGUACCAUAUGACUACUCUGUAAUUAACUUACGGCAACUGAAAGUAUUUUAAGCAAGGAAUCGGCGACAGAAAGUGCACGCUACCAAAACGAAGUCAAUAUUAAACACAAUGUUUAGCAAAUUGUUGUCAAGUUGCGAAUUGCAAUUGCGAAAUCAUAGACACAAACAAUCGACUUCUGGCCGUCAAAGAUACUCUAUAUAUCUAGCUUACGUUAUCGAGCUGCUCUUCUCGUUAAGUAAAACCCUCACUCAAACCUAAUGUAAAUGCUUUGUUUUUAAAUCCAAUGUGAGAGAGUUUCAUCGGGAACAUUAAGCAAUCGGAGAUUGGAAACGGCAGUCUUAAACCAAGAACAACACAACUCUACAAGUACAUGAUAAAAUAAAUAAAUGGUA